UGUCAUUCCCCCAAAAUCUUUUAUAGGCACAAUAGCCAACGGCUCCCAUUCCCCAAAAUCCCACUUUCCAUAUAUAUAUAUAUAUAUGCUCAAGGUUCUAGAACUCGUUUCCUUACAUUGAUGACGCGGAGAGAGACGAGUGGAAGUGGAAUUUAUUAGGGUUUGAAAUUGAAGGCAACGGCCACUGGAACUCACGUCGAUUCAAUCCAUCUUCUCUCCCAAAUUCCAAUUAACAACACCUAUUUGAUGCACUCACUGAAACUGCCGCAAACAAUGAAGAGAAGAAGACCCAUUCCACAACCGCCUUCAACCCCUCCAACCCCAACCCUCCUCAAAACCCUAGCUUCCAACAGCAAACCCACUUCAAACUCCUCCAAGAAACCCAGGAUCCUUAUCAAGACCCCACAAACGCCACCACCCACAACCCCAAUAUCACCCAAAUGGGUGCCUCUCAAUAUUGCCAAAUCGGAGCUCUCCCUUGCACUUACCUUCCCAACUGGCCAAACCUUCAGGUGGAAGCAAACCACCCCUCUUCAGUACACUGGCGUCAUUGGAUCCCACCUCAUCUCCCUCAAACACCUUCAAAACGGCGACGUUGCCUACCUCAUUCAUCAGAGCCCGUCGGAGGAGAAUGCCAGGUCGGCUUUAUUGGAUUUUCUCAAUGUGGGUAUUUCUCUGAGCGAAAUGUGGGAGGUGUUCAAGGCUUCGGAUUCGAGGUUUGCGGAAUUGGCACAAUAUUUGGGUGGUGCAAGGGUGCUUAGGCAGGACCCACUUGAAUGUUUGAUUCAGUUUUUGUGUUCAUCGAAUAACAAUAUUGGGAGGAUUACCAAAAUGGUGGAUUUUGUUUCGUCGUUGGGAAAUUAUCUGGGGAGUGUUGGGGGUUUUGAUUUUUACGAGUUCCCAUCUCUGGAUCGGCUAUCCAUGGUUUCAGAGGAAGAUUUUAGAGAGGCUGGCUUCGGUUACAGGGCCAAAUACAUAAUUGGCACUGUAAAAGCUUUGCAGUCAAAGUCUGGUGGAGGCAUAGAGUGGCUUGCUUCCCUUCGUGAAAUGGACCUUCAAGAGGUGGUUGAUGCCCUUUCCACUCUACCUGGUGUUGGUCCCAAGGUGGCAGCAUGCAUUGCUCUCUUUUCACUGGAUCAGCAUCAUGCCAUUCCUGUUGAUACGCAUGUGUGGCAGAUUGCUACCAGAUAUCUCAUCCCUGAGCUUGCAGGUUCCCGUCUGACACCUAAGCUUUGCAGUCGUGUGGCAGAUGCAUUUGUGAGCAAAUAUGGGAAAUAUGCUGGUUGGGCACAAACUCUACUCUUCAUUGCUGAAUUACCUUCACAAAAGACAAUUCUACCACCAAAAUUUUGGGUUACUGAGGAGAAUAAAGACACUAACAUAAAAGCUAGUACAACAGAGACCAUUUUGUGGACCCUGCAUUUAUGCACAUGUGUUCCCACUCGAUGGCGAACACUCCAAAGAGAUCAAAUGGCGAAGCAAGCUCGAGCUGAACUAUCCCAUCAUUCUCACUCAUACUCAUCGCGAACAUCUCAUCAAUGUACUCAUCGUGUAGAACAACUCCAUCCACCAUGUCCCCGAUCUCAGCAAAUAUCCCAUGCUCAUUUAUCUCAUAUGGGAAAUAGAGUGUCAUGAGGCUCAUACGAUCUGAAGAUGAUGGAGCGGCCAAUGCAAAUGCGGAAGUGCCAGGAGCCCCAUCACUCAACUGCAACUGGUGGACAAAACGCUGAAGUUCACCCUCCUGAAUAGUACUGAAUCUGUCAAUGAUCCCAUCUGAAUGCGUCUGUAGCUCCGGUGCUCUCACAAAGUAGUCUGCCAAGCUCAUGUUGUAUGGGCGGACAUGAUAGUCAAAUGGUGUGUGAGUCAAUCUGGCUAUCGCCCUCUCCUUGCGCAGUCACGCCAUGUAUCGGUAAUCAACCUUAGUAGGGAUGAACCCGAGUCCAAAUAGUACAUCACGAUCAGGGAUAGCUAUAAACUCAUUAGGCCCAUACUGACGUCGCCCUAAUCCCAUGCUAGGCAGAAAAGACAUGCUCCUCAUCAUGUCAAGUACCAUUGUACUGUUGUGCUGAUCAAAUGACAUGCCCACAAAGUCCUCACAAAAAUCCUCAAUCCAUAGAGUCUGUACCUCAUCAAACAUGAACCCAGUAAAAAACAGGUCAUCCUCACUAUGACUGAUCUGAGGCACUGACUCAGAAGAAGCAAACAUAUCUCCAAUAGACCGCACUGUGAUGACCUGCCCAUCAUGAAUGAACUUCACCUUCUGAUGAAGGGAAGAAUGGAUGACUCCAACUCUAUGAAUCCAAGGUCAGCCUAGUAGCAGGUUAAAGGAUGUAAGAAUCCUCAAAAUCUGAAACAAAGUAAGAAAUGUGGUCGGACCUAUCAAUAACUCGAUCUCCAAAGUGCCCAUGACCUCCCUCUUAGUGCUAUCAUAUGCUCUGACUGUCUGAGUAGAUGAACCAAAGUUUAAGGGCACAUAGCCAAAAGUAAUGGCAGUAGCUAAGGGACAAACAUUCAGGGUCGAGCCAUUGUCCAAAAGGACAGAUGAGACUCGAUGGCUUGAACAACCAACUGAGUUGGCAUAGCCACUUGUAUUGUAUUUUCUGAUGAUGAUUUGCCACUCGAGGGUUCAAACCAUACGCGUUCUCCAUACAUCUCAGUUGGUUGUUCAGGCCACUGAGUCCCAUCUGUCAUUUUGAACAAUGGCUCGGCCCUGAACGUUUGCCCCUUAGCUACUGCCAUUGCUCUUGGCUAUAUGCCCUCAGACUUUGGUCCCUCUAUUCAAACAGUUAGAGCAUAUGAUAGCACUAAGAGGGAGGUCAUGGGCACUCUGGAGAUCGAGUUAUUGAUAGGUCCGACUACAUUUCCUAUUCUGUUCCAGUUUUUGAGGAUUCCUACAUUCUUUAACCUGCUAUUGGGCUGACCUUGGAUUCAUAGAGCUGGAGUCAUCCCUUCAUUAGAAGGUGAAGUUCAUUCAUGAUGGGCAGGUCGUCAUAGUGCGGUCUAUUGGAGAUAUGUUUGCUUCUUCUGAGCCAGUGCUUCAGAUCAGUCAUAGCGGGGAUGACCUGUUUUUGACUGGGUUCACGUUUGAUGAGGUGCAGACUCUGGGGAUUGAGGAUUUUUGCAGACUUGGUGGCCAUGUCAUUUGAUUAGCACAACAGUACAGUGGUAUCUGACAUGAUGAGGAGCAUGUCUUUUCUGCCUAGCAUGGGAUUAGAGCGACGUUAGUAUGGGUCCAGUGAGUUUAUAGUUAUCCUUGAUCGUGAUGUACCAUUUGGACUUGGGUUCAUCCCUACUAAGGCUGAUUACCGAUACAUGGCGUGACUGCGCAAGGAGAGGGUGAGGGCCCGAUUGACUCACACAUCAUUUGACUAUCCUGUCCGCCCAUACAGCAUGAGCUUGGCAGGCUAGUUUGUGAGAGUACCGAAGCUACAAACGCAUUCAGAUGAGAUCAUUGACAGAUUCAGUACUGUUCAGGAGGUUGAGCUUCAACGUUUUGUCCACCAGAUGCAGUUGAGUAAUGGGGCUCCUGGCACUUCCGCGUUUGCAUUGGCCGCCCCAUCAUCUCCAGAUCAUAUGAGCCUCAUGACACUCUAUUUCCCAUAUGAGAUAGAUGAGCAUGGGAUAUUUGCUGAGAUCGGGGACAUGGUGGAUGGAACUGUUCCACAUGAUGAGUACAUUGAUGAGAUGUUCGCGAUGAGUACGAGUCAGAUUGAUGGGAUAGUUUAGCCCAAGCUUGCUUCGCCAUUUGAUCUCUUUGGAGUGUUCGCCAUCGAGUAGGAAUGCAUGUGCAUAAAUGCGGGUCCACACAUACCUCUUCUCCUUUUCUGUCUACUUAUGCCCAUGACAGUUGUAGUUUCUUUGACCAUGAGCUUCCAUAUGUUUGUAGUUUCUUUCCCUACCAGUUUGCUUACUUGGCUCUGUGCCAUCAUUUUGUUGCUUUAUGGUUAUAUAAUUUUUGAAUUGAAAAACUUGUAAAUGAUUAAAUUUGGAUUGUCAUACUGCUAACCAAUAAAAAUAUGUGAAUAUCUAUCUGUGCUC